CUAGCACUACGAACUCAACCCAAAAUCGUUGCUCUACUCUGUGCAUUGUCGCAGUUGCCAUCUCCGUACGUCCGUACCGUAGUCCGUAGAAUCCGUACGUACGACUUCGGCGAUCCUCCUCUCCCCAAACUAUCGUUCUGCGGACGCCGCUCACUGGCGCUAGUUGUCGGUUCCACAGCCAACAUGGACGAUGGCAGUACGGUUCCAGCAAAAAGGGACGAAAUUGGCGUUUACUUGCCAUCGAUCUGAGCCUGAAAGGUGGAAAAGUUCCGCAAGUUCAGGAUGGCUAAUGGCGAAGAAAUAUUCCUCCAGUCCCCUCUAGCUGCGUGGGUGAAAACAUUUUACGAUGAUGAUGGAAAGCCAUUGGACUUCAAGCAGCUCUGUGAUGGCGUCUUUCUGCACACCGUCUGGCUGCAGAUUGACGCCCAUCCCAUGUACUCCGGGGUAAUAAAUCCAGCUACUGAUAUGACCGCUCGACUACGAAAUCUCAACAUGCUGCUGCACAACAUCAAAGUGUUCUACGAGGAGGUCCUGGAACAAGUGCUAGUUAUGCACCUGCCUAAUGUGGUCAGCAUCGCCAAAGCAACCUUUGAUGAGAGCAGUGAGCAGGAGCUGAGUCGUCUGCUCCUGCUGAUGCUGGGCUGUGCAGUACAGUGUGGCCGCAAGGGACGCUUCAUUGAAGCCAUUCGAAGGCUCGACUUGGCUACCCAGGCCUCCCUGGCCGAAGCAAUCGCCUCCAUCACCGACAAUCCGGAUUCAGUCUGGACGCGGGACUGGGGCCGACUGGAGACCCUGCCCGAAGCUGAUCGGCCGCGCAUGUAUGCCACUCUAGUCCGUCACGUAGCCACUCUCUCCCGACAACGAGACAGCGCUGCCCAGCGCCUUGUGAACCUGACAUUGGAGCAGGAGUCUAGUGGCAGUGUCGAUGGUGCGGGUGAUCAGGUGUGGGGUGGCUCUGAUGCGGCUUCACCCCAGGCGGCCGACUCAAGACUAGGCGUGGAACUGGCCGACACCAAGGCAAAGCUUCGCCGUUGUCAACAGGAGCUAGAGGAGAAGCUUGAAGUACUGUCUGAACAAAAAGAGGAGCUCAGUCAGCUGAAGGAGGCGAUUGCCAGGUUGCGACAAGAGAACUUGGAACUUGUACAAGAUGCAAGAACAGCCAAGGCCUACAGGGAUGAGAUUGACAUUCUCAAGGAAAAGGUGCUGAAGCUGGACAGACUUGAAAGUGAAAUACAGAGGUACAAAGACAAGAUGAGCGAACUCGACUUCUUUCGCAGUAGAGUAGAGGAACUACGCGAGGACAAGCGCAUCCUGGGUGAAACGAAGGCCAUGCUGGAGGAACAACUGGAAGGCAGUAGGCGCCGUGUGGAGCACGCUGUGCAGUUGGAAGCUCAGCUGCUGAAGGCUCGUGCUCGUCUCAGCGAAUGCACCUUGGAGCGUGAUCUGGACCGGAGCCAGGUGCAGAAGCUGCUGGAGCAGAAUGCGCAGCUGCGGCUUGAGCACCAGGCCACCCUGGACGAGAACGUGCAACUCCAAGGGGAGCUGCAGAGGCUGCGAGCACAGGCCACAUCCCCACGCACAGAGAACAGCCUCCUGGAGCAGUUGAACACAGAUUCUGAGACCAGAGCAUUGCACUUUGAGCUGGAAAACAGGCGCCUGCAAGUCCUUCUUGACGAGAUGAAGGCACAGAUGGAAGAGAGUCCAACAAAGAAUGAACUACAGACACAGUGUGCAAUGGCCAACGAGCGACUCGAACAACUCGAACAAGAAAAUGCAACAAAAGAACAGCAACGAGAAGCUGAUCGUCAUCGAAUAGCAAGCUUGGAAUCAGAAAAAGUUGAAUUACAGCGCCAACUCGAAAUCAGCAAGAGUGAGUGCGCAAAAAUGGAAGAACUGGAAAAGGCUGCCCUGGCAUCAAAUUUGGAAGCACAAAGACUGCAGAAGGCCCUCGAUGCAUCACAGAACAGGUUGUCCUCAUGUAGGACUGAGCUUCAGGCGGCAGAAGCAGAGAAUGCGAAGUUGCAGUCAACGUUGGAGUCGCUCAAGAGCCAGCUACAACGGAUGCACAGCAUUGAGUUGGAAGGUGCAGACCUGGAAACGUGGCUUCACCGGGUUGAACAGGAGCGCCGGUCCUUGGAUCGCGAAGCAAGUCGACUUCGGUCAUCACUUCAGGCCAAGGAUCAGUCGCUGGAUGAGCUAUCCUCGCGUGUAUCCACCCUGGAGCGUGAGAACGAGCAGCUACGCAGGGAGGCCCAGAAGGCAGCAGCUGCAGCUGCGCACACCCAAGACCUGGAGCAGCGCUGUCAAGAGCUGUCCCAGAAGGCCUCGCUGGAAGCAAAGGCCCUCAGCGAUCUACGACAGGAACUGGUAGAAGAGAAAUUGCGCAAUGAACAGCUAACUAGCGAGCUGGACCGUAUUGCUACAAGCUUGGAGCUGACGACAAGCCUGUGGAAAACACAGAGAGAAAACAGCCGCGAAACACAGGAGUCUCCGAGGGAACCAAAUUUCACACCUCUUUUCUGCCUCGAAAAGACCAAGGCCGUCUUAGAAGAGGUUGAAAAUUUGUCCAGUGUGAGCGCCGAAGACAAGCGAUCCAAGGCUGACCGAGAGGCUGUCCUGCCCAAAAGCACCGAGCUGAUUGAAUGUGUUCCCGAGUUAUCCAACAGUGUGGACAGAGACAAGCUGAUCUCAAAGAAAGUCUUGGAACUAAAGGAGAGCAUUCUUGCUCUUGAAAAGAAGAAUGGCUGUCUUGAGGAAGAAGCAUGGCGCUUGCGAAGCCAGCUGCAAGCACUGCAGGAACACACAGCCUCCCUGCAAGGGCGAGCAACGAGCGGAGAGCAGCGCCACCUGGGGCUGCAGGCUCAGCACGCUCAACUGCAGGUGGAAGCCGCCUACCUAGGAUCACAGCACACAGCCCUGCAGCAGAAAGUGUCAGAGCUCCAGGAGCAGCUGCUGAAGGCAGAGACUCAACGAGACCAGCUCUCUGUAGAGAAGACUGAACUUGGCCAAAGCAAGGAGGCCCUGAUGCGCGACCACCAGGUGCUGGAGAAACUGCAUGAGCAACUGUCGGCCGACUACCAGGCCCUGGCGUCAAACCUCAGCUGCGUCAAGGCCUCGUGCAAGUUGCUCAAGCAGGAGAAUGCAAGCCUCAAGGAGCAACUCGAGGAAGCGACCCUUUCAAGUGAAGUGCUCCGGCUGGCCCAGGAUGAACCAGUGGCAAAAAACCUGCGCUCUGAAAACUCCAAGCUAAAGGAGGAGCUGAGCGCUGCUCGACAAGCUGAGGAGAAAUUGCGCGCCGAGUUUGACGCACUGAAGACUCAGCACCGGGCACUGAAGGAGUCGCACAGCAACCUGCGCUCGGACCACAGCCGCCUUCGAGGGGACCUCGAGGAGAGCCGCAGCGACCUUGUAGCAGCGCGGGUGGACCUUUCACGACUGGUCGCCAGUUAUGAGGUGCUUGCACAGGCCCAAGGAGAGCUGCAAGAUGAGAGGAGGAGGCUCCUGUCGGGAAUAUCGUCCCUCUUGAGUCGCUGCAGAAACGUGCUGCCUGAAUCGUCACUGCCUGGAAUACAAGAGGACAGGGUCCUUCUGCGUGAGCUCGAGUCGCUUAGGGAUGACCUCGAGGGCCGCCUGCGAGACUACGCACGGAAGUUGGAUGGGAACUUAUCUCUGUCAAAAGAAUCUCUCUCAAAGUCAAGAUCUGGGUACUUGAGCUGUAAUGUGUCUCAGAUGAAUGAUGUCCUCGGCGUGCCCAUUGGCUCCAUAGGCAAUGGGCUGUGCUCUCAGAGCCGUUUUCAGAGCGAAUACGGUGACUACAACGGCCGGAAUCCCUGGGGGAGUACGCCUCAAGACGAUCAAAUUCCUGUGCGUGAUGUUGGGCCCCUGUCUCAAUCUGUCCGUUGCCAUGGCUCAUCGCCUGAAAGCAGCCUCGCCCACUUUUCCAACUCUUGUGUGCUUCAGGAUGCACCACCGACCUGUUCAACACCUUUAAGCACGCCAAAGCAACAAUCCAGCCCACUGCCCUUGCCAGCACCACAUGUCACUGUUGAGAACCAUACCACAGUGAACCUGGUGACGCAUGUCAAUGCUGCGGAGCCUGCUGCCGCAUCCCCAGCCUCCACGGCACAGCCGCACACGUCUACACCACAUGGUUUCUCACGCACCCCUGCUCUGCGGCACUCCAUGUACUCACGUCUGCGUGGGAGUGGCGUCGGCAACUCGCCUGGCCUGCGAGCCCCUCUCAGGCUCUGCACGUCACAGGAGAAACUCCUCCUAGACGACAACACAGAUUUCGACGCGUCGCAGAGCUCAACUGACCACAACAAUCAGCCAGGCAGCCGGGAGAAACGAGCAAAUGCUGUUUGGUACGAGUAUGGUUGUGUCUGAGGGGUGACCUAGCUGGGCCACUUGUGGCUGUGUUUCUUCUGCCUGCUACUUUAUUAAUUGGCACUGGAGCCAUUUGGUUGUUUAGGGCAACUUCUAUCACCACUAUAUGCACAACUAUGUGCUGUGUUAAUCAAUGUUAGCUGUGGCGUUGAUGCUAAACACGCACAACUGAAUGGUUGAAAGCCUGGCAUCUGUGUGCACUCGGUACUUAUUCAGAAGUCUACAAGCCCAGUGGUUUACAUGAGAUAGGCUAUCAUGUUGAGCCCUUGCAGGUGCAAGAAAAUUCCCGAGUGAAAUAAUUAUUUAAUGCGAUUAGAGUAAUGUCGACCCACUUGGUACAGCAUCCAUAAAGGAGUCGCUGAGACUUCAAGCAGUUUCACUCCUGCUAACAGGCAGUUGGUGAUGCACUAUUGAAAAAUUGCGUAACAGAUUUGCUCACCCCAACAAAGCGUUAUUAACCGGAAACUUGGGAAAACUGUGUACGUAGCUGAAUUAAGGUGUAACCGAAAACAGAGAACACACCCAGCUACAUAAAAAAAGAAGAAAAAGAAAUGAAACCAAGCCACUUAACGAAAUUUUUAUUCGUACUGGUUUAAGGGAGUUCUGCACUGUGCCGAAACAUCAACCAUGUGGUUUGUUUCUUCUAUCCAGAUCCCACAGUUUCUCCAAUGGCCGUUCAGGAGUGAAUUAUUUCUGUACCCCUGUUCUAUGCACAUUUUGACUUCACAGACAAAAACAAGGAACAAACUUUAUUUCAAUUUUUCGAGGUGUGGCCGAUAAAUAUUUUUACUAGACGUGAUUCACCGCAUUGUGCAACCCAGAUGCCCAAUCCCAUGCUAUCAUAAGCCUUCACGUGCCACGUUUGCCAUGCAAAGUUGCGGCAGCAGCCACUUGCCUACCGUGGCUGCUGUAAUUUGUGUUAAGGUUGUCACGCGUGCAACUUUUCUGGCUUAAACCGCUGGCUCAUUUCCCUUCAAAAGUUUCACUGUAGAUGCAGUGUAAUAUCACAUUUAUGUGCAUUAUCUGCCCUGUUCAUCCAGAAUAAUUAAGUGUAUGUAAUCUGCAGUGGCGGAUAACAAACAUACAAUUUGCAGGAACAGAACGGUGGCACUGUUUGUCAUUGUUGGGACAAAAUGCAGUGCCUGAUUGUUGCUGUUUGUUCAUACCACGUGGCUGCUUGCUGUUUUCUCAGCAUUUUCAAGUGAGAAAUGUUGCACAGUCAGUUUCUAAAGCUCAAGAUCAAAACGCCAUGGCACCGUGUGCUUCUGAAUCAAAAUAUGUGUAGGUGCGUGAAAUGACGACAUGCUAUGUGCUACAUCCUUGUGCCUAAACAGUUUGUUUUGUUUGUAAUGCAAGAACUGGCUUUUGCUCUUUUAUUCUCCGCCAUUUCUCGCGUGGCACAGUGAGCUCAUACGUGACUGCAAAAUGGCAGAACUAGAGAUUUUAAAUUCACGAAAUGUGCGAACACACCAAUCAAAGAUUAGCUUUUUGACACCACUGGUAACAGACAUGCACAAGGCAGGACAAAAUGUGCGCUGUUUGUAUUGAAAUUGUGUAGCAUCCUAGGCUGUUAUUUUAAAUACCCCAUACAGUGCUUUACAAGUUUGGGAAUGUAUAUGUGCACAUGGACUCCGGAACCAAAAUCUAGGAAGUGUUGUGACUAGUGAAGCCUGCUGCCUAAAAUGAAGUGACUUGUGGCUUCUCCAGUGGAUAAAAAAUGGAAAGUCACUGGCACAUGAUAGUUUCAGGAAACAUCGAAGCAGGGCCCGGCCGCUGGCAAUAUUCUUAAUUUCAAGUUUCAAGGUCACAAUUUAUUUUGGAAAAGCUGCAUUCAUUACGGUUCCUAAGACAUUCAACGAUUCAUUUAUGUGUGACAUACUGUGUUUAUUUCGUCAGUUGGCUCAUUCUACUGCACAUAUUAUCUGUUCAUUACUGUGUUGUGAAAGCUUUUUAGACAGUAGGUAAGCAAGACACUGGAGCAGCCUUUUAGUGUCUUGGUUUCUGGGUUGUUGCCAAACUCUGUCAAAAGCCAUCUGUUGUGUUGACCACUGAAGCCUCCAGUGUCUCGAGCUAAGAGUGAGAUGAUUUGAAUGAAUGGCCUGAUCUUAUGGCUAAGAUUAAAUGCCAGUUAUCAGAUUCAUUUAGGUUUGCAUCCUGGAUCCUUGGCUUUGUAAACUAAUGGCAUGGUGCAAUUCAUGCUCAUGCAAACCCUUGUUUUGUUGAGCCAUUUGACAAUGUGCAAGCUUAUGCCCUUUCUCCAAUUAGUUGAAGGGAUCUUUUUUUUUUUUUCUUUUUUAGGAAUACAAGUAUGUUAGGAAAGGUGCAAGGUUGGUUUGUAGUGUGCACUGAACCAUAUCAUGACAAGAGUCUCUUCCCCCCUCCUGUGCCUUUACUUGUGUGUUUGUUCAAGUGUAUAUGUGUUCCUUAGCUGAACCUACUUAUUUAUUUUUUUCAUGCAUUUUAAUUUUGCUCCACCAUUUCGUACUUGGAAGGAACAAUGUGUUCAGACAUGCAUUUUGUUCAUUUCACACUUACAAGUUGGCCCUGUGUUGGGAAAGCCACAUUACUUUGUCACAACGAAAAUUAGCUUAUUUUGAUGUGUGUUGUGAGUGCGUUGUUGUGCAGAACAGAGAAUUCAAAGUUGAGGUGAGGCUUUUAAUGCUGCGCAUUUUUUUGUUGCUUGCUACAUAACUUAUAAAGUUAAUCUUCUAAGCUGUUGUGACAAAGCUAUGCCCAUUUUGGCUGCACAAUCUGUGCAGUUGGUUUUAAGGAACAGACCUGGUCCAGAUGCAAUUGACAGGAGUGUGUCCACGAGUGACAGGUGUUUGAAGCAACAAAAUUUUUCUUUGCGCUGUGUGCACAUGCCUUUCUCUUAUUGCUUAUCCUCACACCCGCCUGCGCCUAGCACCUACAAGACUUUACAGAAAUGUGAGUGUUCAUGUGAGCCCCACCAUUUUAAUGGCGCUCUUCUCAAUCAUUACUAUGAUAGGGUACUGGCUCGGGCGAGUUGGUGAUCCAUGAUCUUCGAUGUACAGCGCACACAAACACACGCACACAAACAGCGCUGUGUACGUGCGCCUUUCUUUCUUUGCGUCUUGUGUUUGCUAUGAUGACAGCUGAGCACCAACUCCCAUAGAGUCCCGCAUGACUGAUGGCAGAGUGGAAGUCGCAGAAAUAUCUGGUGUCCAAACUGCACAAAGCAGCUUCUGGCUCUUGCAUCUUACGUAAAUCUAAUAUAGGUAGCUUUAAACAUGCAGAAAGGUCAUAACAGUAAAAAAAGCCAGGGAGUGGCAUUAUGUUUUUAUUAAUUGGUUUCAGGACUUCAUAACAGUUUGGUGUAGCUUUCAAAGUGCAACAGUUCCAUGUGGCUUCGGAUUUCAGCACUCUGGUGCUGCCCUAGCGCUGGUAGACCUUUGGAGCUCAAAAGUUUGACAUCCAUGGCUGUAACUGCUUGCCUUUUUACAAGCAAAACACCUGCUUCACAAGCUACAAAGUACUGUGAAGCCAGAGUUCUUGUCACUGCAUAAACUUUGCAGCAUCAAAGGCACAGCUUUUCAAAAGCGAUCCUCAAAACUUGCCGACAUCAGCAUGUCAAUACAGCGAUAUGAACCAGUAUAUAUAUGCUGGAAAUGCCCCAGGAGCCGCUGGUGAUGAAACGUCUAGCUUGCAUGUUUUGGACACACUACCUGUAGAGACAUCGCUGCCUGAUGCCAAGUGUGGUUGUGAAAUCCAAAAUAUCUGAGCCGGUUUGAGGCCCUUUGAGAUUUUUUGCCAAGUGGCAUGCACAAUGCUGUACUGCUGUACUAGCGAUUUAGCUACAAUUCACGAAACUUUAAGGCAGGAUUGGUUGAUGUUGCAAGUGCAGUAUAUCAGGCUGACACUAACUGUUGUGUCAUGCUUUUGCUCUUGCUAUUUUUAGAGAUGAAGCGAUACGCACAGAUGAUGUCGCCCGCACAUCUUCCCAUGUUUGAGGGUCUGCAAUUGUUGCUAUAUUGAUAAGAUAUAUUAAUUGUGGCUAUUGAUGUGUGUUAAUGUUAUGCAGUUAGGAGAUACUGCACUCAGAAGGUCAGGUAUGUGUAGUAGCAUGCAUGUUGUAAGCUUGUCACUGCUUCGUGAACAAAGGUCUGCACUGCAUUUAUUGAAACUGCCCACAGCUUCCUCCAGGUUGUGCCUGUAUGUUUGUGUAUUAUGAGACAGUAAGCAUACCAGUCAGCCUGUAGUGAGUGUCUGUAGAACAAAUGUAAUUUAUUAUAGGAAACGCACAGUGCUGCAAGUUUAGACCAGUUACCUGCUUGUGCCUGCUGUUUAGCUUAGUGUGUACUUGGGCCUCCUUCGGGUUGUCUACGCUUUUUAGUCUACAGCAACUCUAUGCAAUAAUCUUUUGGUUAGUGCUUGCUUUCCUUGAAUGGCAGAAAAAUGUUUGUGCUGAUGAAAACCUGUGGUCUUUUUGAUGAAUGCUGACAGCUUUGGCUCCUUUGCUGGGACUAUUUUUCAUUUCAUUCAAUUUGAUUUCACAGGGUAACCACAUGAACAGACAGUGUUAUAGUUUUUGCGGUGUUGCAGGUUCGAAGCUUUGGGAAGCACCAUUUCAUGAUGGCUUCUCCUAACCUCUACAGUGCUCCUAAAGAGGUAAUAUAUCACUGCCAUAAGUUGUGCGUUUUGAAUAGGGAUGGGCUUCUUCAACUUCAAUAGAUGUGAGUGACUCCGAAGAGUAGGAGUUUUUUUUUCUUUCUUAUAGCUCAGAAAUGCUGUUCAGUGAUGUGCCUCAGUUUUUCUGAUUCCUUGCUGUGAUGCUGGCUAUAGCCUUGUGCUUAAUAUGCUUAAUACAUAUAUAGAAGCAAAGAAAUUUACUGCUCUGAUUUGAGCAUUGUGCCUGUGUAGUCCAUCAGGUUGACCUGUCAAACGUUUCUUGUGAUGCAGAUUAUAAUGCGUGUCUGCGUGAACGUUUUCAUUCUCAAGGCUGCAGUCUGCUUCAGCUUUUGACCAAAUCAUGUUAUUUAUGACAGCUUCACAUUAUACAUUUGUUUUUUGCAUUUAUUUUAGAUUUUAUAUGUAAAUAGAUGUACAGCUCAUUGUCGUUAGUUUUGUUGGUUGUCACGUUUUCUGCUUUUCAGAAGCUUGUGUGAGAAUUAAGUUGUUGAGCUCAGAAAGAACUUCGUUGCCUUGUAGGUGUUGCCUGAAGAUUUUUUUUAAAAUGUAUUUUCAUGCUUUGGGUCUUCUGAGAGGAAUGAACAGCAAAUAAAAGUCUUCUGUGGUCUGAAAAA